AUGGAGAUAUUUAUGCUGUCGCAAGCUGCGGCGCUUUCCAUAACGCUGCAGCCGGAGGCGAAGGACAGAGGCGUCACGUACGCCUCUAUAAUCGCAGAGACCCGCAGAAAGAUAGACUUGAAGGAUCUGGGAAUCGAAACGCUCAAGAUCCGAACGGGCGCGACGGGUUCCCGGAUCCUUGAGGUCCCUGGAGCGGCGAAAGGCGAGAAAGCAGACCUUCUCGCCUCAAAAUUGCGAGAGGUCCUCGGCACGGAAGCCGUCAAAGUCCCUUUCGAUGGCACGAGGUCGGUUUGCCACGCAUGUUGGCACAGGAUUGACUCCGACACUAAUCAAGCAGCCUUACACGCUCCUGCUGCGCCUGCUGUUGGAGUGGUAAAUGUUGAGGGAAUAACGCGAGCUGCUAAUACGGCUCGGCGAUGCAUGUUCGACGACUGCCAUGAUACCCACCUUCGGCAAAUACCUAACUCGAUAAAGGUGCAUCUUCUGAGCUAUUAUCACUUUUAUAUACCCAAUCUUGCUCGUAUUUGCCAACGACACCUGCUGCACACGCCGUUAGAAGAUAUUCCACAGAAUGUGACGAAUCGACUAACCGGGUUGAAUGCAAAUUAUGUUGCUGACAUUAUUAAUAUGUACACUUUAGCUUUGGAACAAAGGUCUUAUUUGGAUUUUGAAAACCUGAACGAAAUAUCUGAAGAAGAUAUACGUUUUUGGACUGGACAAACCAGAGAAACCUUCAAUAGAUUGCUAGAUGAGGUUCCGACCCUCCAUCGAUCGUCUAAUACUCCACGCCAAGACUUAGCUGUCUAUUUAUGUAAACUCAGAACGGGUGAGCCGAAUAACAGAAUCGCAUCAAUAUUUAACUUGUCAAGGCGAACUGUUGACAGAAAAAUACUUCGAGUUAGACAUUGUCUUCUCACAGAUUUUGUGCCAUCACAUCUAGGAUUGGACCACAUAAGCAGAGAGCAAGUGAUACAACACAACCGAGUUUUGCCGAACUAUCUGUUUGGAAAUGAAGAGUCGCCCAAGGCAAUUAUGAUUUGUGAUGGUACCUACAUCUUCAUCGAAAAAAGCUCCAAUUUUUUAUUUCAACGCCGCACUUACAGCUUGCACAAAUAUCGUAACCUAGUGAAGCCCUUUCUGAUUGUGUGUGCUGAUGGUUACAUCCUCGAUGUUACGGGUCCCUAUCCCGCUAGAACGACAGACGCUGAGAUUAUGACACAAAUAUUAGAAAAUCACGACGAACCAAUAGAAGAUGGAGCAUUUCACUAUUUCUUUGUGGAAGGAGACGUAUUUAUUUUAGACAAGGGUUUUCGCGAUUCAAUUCCAUUGAUGGAAACUUACGGCUAUGAUGUUUAUAUGCCCCCCACUAAACUAAGACACGAAAAUCAAUUGAGGAGAGAACAAGCAAACAAGUCUAGAAAAAUAACCAUGAUUUCAAGCUGUUUAGAAAUCGAGUUUUCAAUAAAAAUGUACCACAUAUGUAUCUUUGAUGACUUCCGAAUUGCUGCAGCACUGAUCAACUGCUUCCAAGAGCCUUAUUUGGACAGUCCAUACCUAUCGGAUUUUAUUAACAUAAUAGAUGAAAAUAUUGAAAGACCCAAUUUAUUGGCUGAGUAUGUGGAAAGGUUCAAUAUAAACCGGCAAAGAGCGACGUUCCAAAGAAUGGCGGCUGACAACCCACAGGUGGCAGAUUUCCCGCGGCUGACGAUAGAAGACCUCAUUCUGUUCGCGAUUGGUACAUACCACGUUAAGGUAGCGCGUUCCUACUGCAGCGAACAUUUGAAAGCAACUGAGGUUUAUGAGAUGGAGUUAUACAGGCACCCGGAGGCGAUUAUUAACAAUCAUGUCCUCAUUAGGUGCAGGAUCAAUUCUCGCCACGUCACUACGAAAACUUAUUAUACUUAUGUUUUAUACAACCCCGAGAUUGAGGGUAGAAAUGCUAUUAGCGAGUACUACUGUUCUUGCUAUCACGGUAAAAGAACAUUGGGUAGUUGCGCUCAUGUGUGUGGAACAACAUACCUUAAAAUAUUAAAUCAAUCAUCGUGGAAAAAGUUAUGGUCUUCGCUGAACCAAAAUCCUGAAGAAGAGUGGAAUUCAGAGGGUGAAUUGUCACUUGCAGAACUCAAGCAAAUGUUGUUCCAAAAUAAUCAGACAGAGGUGCCUGAACAAGAUAUCGAUGAAUGA